GCAGCUUGAUUACCACAAUUGGUUCAACCACACAGACACAAACUCUUCAAAGACCACGUCCUCCCUUUUUGUUUAGAAAUGUUUAUUGUAACUUACUACAUACAGGAUUACUCAUGUGAUCUACUGAUGUGAUUUAACAGACAGCAGCUAUGGGUUUAACAGCAGCAGUGAGUGGAUACGUUUUCCUUCUCUCUGUACAAGUGAUACAGGGUCAGUAUGGCUGGGGAGUGACUUACACCUCUACUCGGAUCUGUGCCUUAAAAGGAUCAACUGUGGAAAUAAGCUGCACCUACACAUACCCAUCCAGAAUAAAUGGCCGUGAUACUAUAGUUCAGGAAACAUUCUGGUUUACUCAGAUGAAUAGAUAUGUACCUGUGGAUCUGAGAAAAGACUCAAGAUACACAGGUCGUUUGCAGUACAGUUGUUCUAACAACAUCUGCACUCUGAGAAUCACAGACCUGAGAGAGAGCGACUCAGCUCAGUACAAGUUGAUGUUCAUAACAAACCAGCCAGAUGGAAGAUUUACUGGUUCACCUGGAGUCACUUUGUCUGUCACAGAUCCAGAUCUCCAGGUGCAGGUGAUCAGAUCAACAGUCUACAAGCAUUAUACUGAUGCAGACCUGCUUUGUCACAGCAGCUGUCGUCUACCUGAUCGUUCUUCCUACAUCUGGCUCAAGAAUGGACAGAAAAUUCAGAGAGAAACAUUUUCUUCUUAUUCAGUCAGGAGUUAUUCUGCAGACAGUUAUUCCUGUGCUGUGAAAGGACUGGAGGGUUUCCCCUCUCCUUCAGUGUGUGUCUAUGGUCAAACCAGCAACAGAGUGACUUACACUGACAGAAGCAUCUGUGCCAUCAAAGGCUCAUCAGUGGACAUUUCUUGUACUUAUAACAGUUAUGAAACUAUCACAUCUAGAUUCUGUUGA